AUGUCAGAAUUUUUUAUUCCCAUCGCAAAGGCAGAUUUACUGAAACUUUCAGCUGAAAAUGCAUAUGUUGUAAAUGAUGUUAUUUCUGUGAGGAAUUUGCGGAACAAUCUACCAAAAUGUAAACGUGCUCUUACAAGUUCUGGGUAUUCAUAUAUCCUAAGUGAAUUCGACACUUUAUUCAGUGUGUUACAUGAAUGGGAUAAACUAGACUCAAAUACUAAAGAAGAAGCUUGGCAUAUUGUUCUUAAAGGAUGUGAAAUUUGUGCUCGUGAAUUGGGUUCAGUAUUGGAAACGUUUGACUCUUGUCGAUCAACUUAUGAUCAAGAUGAUAUGAAGCGGCAUAGGAGUGUAAUAAAAAUGCAUACAUAUUUAUUAUGUCAAUUUGUUGAUAUGUUUGAAAAUGAAUUGAAUGUCAAUGCUAAAUCAGUAAUCAGUGGGAAUACUGGACGUGGUAAAGGAGGAAAAGGUAAUCGUCGCGCUGGAGAUCGAGAACCUGCUGAUGUAAACUUAUCGAUGAACUGGCUCGCGGAAUGUGAAUCAGCAAUCAAUAUUAUUGAUCAAAUGUUUCGUUUGAAAUUGGAUAAAUUAUGGGAGCCGCCUAUCGUUGAAUCGGAAUUCAUUAAUUUAUCAGCUAAUUGUUGUUACAAAUUGCUUGAAAAUCGUGAUAUGGCUAGUAAUCAAAAUAUACGAAUGGCAAUUAUCAGUUUAUUGGCCAAUCUGGUACGUCGUCAUCGUCAUGGCUUUACGUGUGCUGUGAAAUUGGCACAAUUAUUACAAUGUUAUCCUCAUAUGGUUAAUUGUCUUCUUGCCAUCGUGAAAUCUUUCACUGAGGAUGAGAAAAUUAAUGAUACUGUACGAGAUUUAUUAAAGGAAAUAUGUAGUUAUGAUGGAGCACAUUUGGAGCGUGAUUCACAAGCUUCUCAAAACUUUUCCAAUUUCUUAAUCGAAGUAGCUCGACUAUAUCCAUCACUGGCUCAAUCAAUUUUACCAUUACUUCGUUCACGACUAGAUGAUGAACCCUAUCAAAUGAGAAAUUGUGUUUUAAGCAUAAUUGGUGAAAUACUGCCAAUGUUUGCUAAACGUGAACAAUUAGAUCAGAAUGAACGUGUUCAAAGAGAUCGUUUAAUGGAUUUAUUACAGGAACAUAUUCAUGAUGUAAAUGGUUAUGUCCGGGCAAAAGCCUUACAUAUAUGGCACAAUAUUGUAGCUCUGGGAGGUUUACCAGUCAGUCGUCAAUCAAAACUAGCAGCUCUAUUAGUUGGUAAUUUGGGUGCAAUGAUGGAUGUAUCAGCUUCAGCAAGAAAAAAUGCCUGUAGAACACUGACAGCUAUGAUAUUGCAAUGUCCUGCUGCCAAGCUUACUGCAAAUGAAUUACAACAGGUUGUAAAUAAAGAGAAAAAACGACUUGAAAGAUUAGAAGAAAUAUUAGCUCAACAUCGUAAAUCUGUUAGUAAGCGAAAAACCGCUAAACAGGCCAGGGUAAACACAAUUGAUGAGAAUGAUGGUGUUACACCCAGUGAUCUUACUGAACAAUUGACAGCUCUUACUGAUGAUGGAGAUGGGGUCGGGAAUGAUGAUGGUGAAGCUAAAGGCAAAAAUAAAUCUAAAAUACAAAAGAAGACGAAGAAGAAAGGGGGGUCGAACAAUAAGAAGCAUAAAAAGAAUAAGAAAUCUAAACUUACAGGUUUAAGUGAUUCAGAUGAUGAAUCACCAACGCGUCGAACUAAAUCAUCAUCAUCACGCCGUCGAUCAAAUAUAGCUGAUGAUGAUGAAGGAGGAGCCUGAAGGCGAUGAUGUUGAUAUGGAUGAUGAUGAUGA